GUUGAUGCAUAUGACAGAUAGAGUCAAACCGUGCAUGCCCUGCUCUGGGAGUAGCACGUGGGGAUUAAUAGUUUCGCUUUCUUCAGAUCCAUCAUCUUCCUCCCGGCUGCCACCGCCACAACUACCCUUUGACUCCAUGACACGCAAUCACUCAAGCUUUAUCUAAUUUUUUUCCAUUUUCAUUUUCCCCAAUUACAAACCUCUAAAAAUGACUAUGUCGGCGAUCAUCCACUUUCAAUCGCACAACACCGUCGUUCCUACCCCUCUCCAAAUGGCAUCGCCAUCAUCCGCCGCCCUCCGCCGCGUCUGCUUUCAACUUCCCUUCCGCCGUCUUCCUCCGUUGCCAUCGCUUCGGUUGACAUCGGUUGUUAGAGUUAGGGCUUUCUCUUCUGAUGAGACGGAAUCCGAGAUCUCAAUUAGUGGCGAGAAGGUUUCUAAUAAGCCUCCGAUUUGUACUGCUGACGAGCUACACUAUGUUUCUGUCAAUAAUUCCGACUGGAGACUUGCUUUAUGGAGAUACCAUCCUUCUCCGCAGGCUAAAUCGAGAAAGCAUCCACUAUUGUUGUUAUCAGGGGUGGGAACAAAUGCGAUAGGGUACGAUCUCUCACCUGAGUCUUCAUUUGCUCGAUACAUGUGUGAACAAGGAUUCGACACCUGGAUUCUCGAGGUUCGAGGAGCUGGCUUAAGCAUGCACGGGUCCCACCCCAAAGACAUCGAACAGUCAGCACACGCAAUAUCCAACCAGAUGGAAGCCGUUGCUGUUUCCGGAGCAGAAACCGUUCUAUCUGCUUCACAGUCUCCAUCUACCAAUACAACGGAAUCACAUAUUCCAGUGGAAUCACAGAUUCCAGUGGAAUCAGAGAUUCCAGUGGAAUCAGAGAUUCCAGUGGAAUCAGAGAUUCCAGUGGAAUCAGAGAUUCCAGUGGAAUCAGAGAUUCCAGUGGAAUUACCAACGGUAUGGGAGGAAUCAAUACUUGUCACUAAGUUAACGGAAACCCUGAUAACCCUAUCAGAUAGAGUAUCCGGCUUCCUAAGUGAAGGUUUAUUGGAAUUAAAACAAACCUCAACUGUUGCAAGUCAAAUACAAGACAUGAGUCAAAAACUAAUCAAUAUUAUCGAAGAAGGUCAACGUUCUGUUUCACCACCAUUGUUUGACCUUCAAGAACGUUUGACCACAACCAUGGAAGACUUCCAGAAACAGUUGGACAUGAUUGUCAAAUACGAUUGGGACUUCGAUCAUUACCUUGAAGAAGACGUUCCUGCUGCGAUGGAAUAUAUAAAAGCGCAUACUAAACCCGAAGAUGGUAAAUUGGUUGCUGUAGGACACUCCAUGGGUGGCAUUUUACUAUAUUCCAUGCUAUCACGAUUCGGCGCUGAAGGAAAGGAACCAGGGUUGGCUGCUAUUGUUACUUUGGCAUCUUCACUUGAUUACACUUCUUCAAAAUCAACACUAAAAUUACUAUUACCACUUGCGGACCCCGCACAGGUGCUGAAUGUGCCUAUUGUUCCUUUAGGAGCAAUGUUAACAGCUGCAUAUCCUCUAACAUCGCGUCCUCCUUAUGUUUUAUCAUGGCUUAAUCAUAUGAUAUCAGCACAAGACAUGAUGCAUCCAGAGUUGUUGAAAAAGCUAGUGUUAAACAAUUUCUGUACGAUACCUGCUAAACUGUUGCUGCAGCUGACAUCAGCGUUUCGUGAGGGUGGUUUGUGUGACAGAAGUGGGAAAUUUUUUUAUAAAGAUCAUAUUCAUAAAAUCAAUGUCCCUGUGUUGGCCAUUGCAGGGGAUCUAGAUGCAAUAUGCCCCCCUGAAGCUGUACAGGAAACAGCGAAGCUGAUUCCUGAGGGUUUGGUUAGUUAUAAAUUAUUUGGUGAACCGGAUGGCCCGCAUUAUGCGCAUUAUGAUCUGGUUGGGGGGCGACUGGCGGUUAAUGAAGUGUAUCCAUGUGUUGUGGAGUUUCUGAGUAGUUAUGAUGAAAUUGAAAAAUGAUAUUAUUAUGAAGUGUAUCCAGAAUGUAGAUAGAUAGUUUGUGAAUGAAAAAUAUAUAGUAAGAUCAAUGUUCAUGUUGUAUCAUAAUUCAUGCCAAAAAUAUUGUACAAGUUAAUUAAUCUGUCAAGCAAAGUGUUGUUUUUAAUUUAAACAUGAGAAAUCAAUUUCUUGAUGUUGAGUGAGUUGAGUAUUUGGCAUUGCUUGCAAGUACCAAAAUAUCCUAUUUGGUGUUUGGACGUGCC